GCGCGCAGCCUUGCUUUAAUCGCGGCAUCGCUGCGGCCUUCACUUUACAACCAGGCGCUGCCCGUUUUCCUAGCGAAGGGUUGUUAUAGAAACCAGGGAGAUCCUGAUGGGCGGCGGCAACAGACUGUUCCUCCCACUUCCCCGAGUCCUGGAUGUUUACCCUCGGCAGGCGGUUGAGUCCUGCGCGUGCCAGUCGCCACCGCCCAGCAACGAGCCCUUACCAGUUUCCCCCCCAAAAUCACAACUCCUUGCUUUAAACCCUUUGCGCCUGACGUCAGUGAAGGGAAAAGAGGCGGACUAGACUGGCAUAAGCCGGCUAAGGGCGGUCACGCUCCUAGAACCGCCCCUCGACCAAUAGGAUGCCAGGGCGGCGUUGAUGGCCAUGAUGCCACUCUUCCAAAGAGAGAGCAACGAGCCAAUGAGAGAUUCUGACUGCUCUAACGGCACGCGCAAGCGUCAGCGAGUGUGACGCACUUUUUACCCCCUUCUCUCGGCGCGCCUCGACCGCUUGCGUGAGGCGACGGCAGUGUCUGAGGCGGUUGUUGUGGAGGUUCCGCUGCCGUCUUUUUCUUUCCUUGUGGUAGAGGCGCGAACGCGGGCAGGCGGUGAGUGAGGCCGUUCCCGCCAAGGCGAGGCUCCGGGGCAGGAAGAGCGCCGCGGUUCUCCUUCGUCUCAAGGCCCAGGAAAUAAAUGAAAGUUCAUCAAACAAGAGGGAUAGGUCUCCACAAAAGAAACAGCGGACUUACAUGCAGAAGCAGCAUAUAGAUUGAUAGCAGGGUAAUGGGAAUUCUGAGCUAAUGAAUAUUGGCCACGUGGAGUAGCCUGGCAUGAAAUAAAGUGUUUGAGAACCUGAAACAACUUCAAAAUGUUUAACAAAUCAUUUGGAACGCCUUUUGGAGCCAACACAGGUGGCUUUGGGACAACUUCAACUUUUGGGCAGAAUGCUGGCUUUGGCACUACAAGUGGAGGAGCAUUUGGGACGUCUGCUUUUGGAUCAAAUAAUAACACAGGAGGACUCUUUGGGAGUGCACAGACCAAGCCAGGGGGGUUAUUUGGUUCAAGCACCUUUAGCCAGCCAGCCACUUCUUCUACCAGCACUGGCUUCGGAUUUGGAACAUCAACCGGAACUUCCAGUGGGUUGUUUGGGACAGCAAGCACUGGAGGAGGCCUCUUCUCAUCCCAGAACAAUGCCUUUGCACAGAAUAAGCCUGUGGGGUUUGGCAACUUUGGGACAAGUACUAGCAGCGGGGGUCUGUUUGGAACAACAAACACAACCUCCAAUCCAUUUGGGGGGACAUCCGGCUCCCUCUUUGGAUCAACCAGCUUUACCACUGUUCCAACUGGCACUACCAUUAAAUUCAACCCACCGACAGGUACUGACACAAUGGUUAAGUCUGGAGUCAGCACAAACAUCAGCACCAAGCACCAAUGCAUUACUGCUAUGAAAGAAUAUGAAAGCAAAUCGCUAGAGGAGCUUCGUUUGGAAGACUAUCAAGCAAACAGGAAAGGUCCUUCCAACCCUGUGGCAGCUGCAGCCACGCCAGGCUUGUUUGGCUCCUCCGCUGCCACGUCCAGUGCAGCCACGGGGCUCUUUGGUUCCUCCACUGCUAACACUGGCUUCUCAUAUGGACAGAAUAAAGCAGGGUUUGGAACCAGUACAACAGGCUUUGGAACAGGAACAGGAGGCCUCUUUGGUCAGCCUCAACAAACUACCAGCCUUUUCAAUAAGCCUUUUGGCCAGCCCACAACUGCGCAAAACACAGGCUUCUCGUUUGUGAACACCAGCACCCUUGGACAGCCCAACACAAACACAAUGGGUUUAUUUGGAGCAACGCAGCCCUCACAAACUGGAGGCCUUUUUGGAACAGCUGCCAAUACGAACGCUGCUACUGCAUUUGGAAUGGGGACAGGUCUCUUUGGACAAGCCAGUACAGGAUUUGGUGUUGGUGGUUCGUCCCUCUUUAGCAACAAGCCUGCUGGAUUUGGAACCACAACAACCAGUGCACCCUCAUUUGGGACAACUACGACUGGGAUGUUUGGUUUUGGUGCAAACACCACUGGGAAUAGCCUCUUUGGAAACAAGCCUGCAACUGGGGCUCUGGGUACUGGACUCGGAACAGGAUUUGGAACAGCUCUUAGUGCAGGGCAAACCUCGUUGUUUGGGAGCACCCAGCCUAAAUUAGGGGGCACGCUGGGGACAGGAGCAUUUGGUGCCCCUGGAUUUAAUACAUCAACAGCUACUCUGGGUUUUGGAGCUCCCCAGCCUGCUGUGGCUUUGACAGACCCAAAUGCUUCAGCAGCUCAGCAAGCAAUUCUUCAGCAGCACCUCAACAGCUUGACUUACUCGCCCUUCGGGGAUUCCCCUCUCUUCAGAAACCCCAUGUCCGACCCAAAGAAGAAAGAGGAGAGACUGAAGCCAACCAAUCCGGCGGCCCAGAAAGCUUUGACCACGCCCACUCACUACAAGUUGACGCCUCGCCCUGCAACUAGAGUGCGGCCAAAAGCUUUACAGACGACGGGCUCCUCUAAAUCCCACCUCUUUGAUGGCCUGGAUGACGAUGAGCCAGCCCUGUCAAACGGGGCUUUCAUGCCCAAGAAAAGCAUUAAAAAGCUAGUUUUGAAGAGCCUCAAGAGCAGCAGUCUUUUUUCUCCCACUGGUGGCGAAGAUGAUGGCCUGGCCUCGCCAUCUGAGUAUCCAGAGAAUGGAGAACGAUUCAACUUCCUCUCCAGGUCAGUUGAUGAGAAUCGCAGGCAUGAUGGAGAACAGGAGGAGGAAGACCAUCCUCGCGAAGUGACACGGUACUACGCCAACCCCAUUGCCAAGCCCAUCCCACAGACCCCAGAGAGCGCUAUGCACAAGCAUCACAACAGUGUGGAUGACACCAUCAUAGCUCUAAACAUGCGUGCUGCCCUGCGGAAUGGGCUGGAAGGCAGCAGUGAGGAUGCCUCCUACCAUGAGGAGUCCCUGCAGGGCGACCAUGAAGAGGAGACAGAGGACAUACACCAUGCCCAUCCAGCAGGAAUUGUUUUAACACGAGUUGGAUACUACACAAUUCCAUCCAUGGAUGAGCUGGCCAAAAUGACAAAUGAUAAAGGAGAGUGUAUUGUGACAGAUUUCACCAUAGGCCGUAAAGGCUAUGGCUCAAUCUACUUUGAAGGUGAAGUCAACCUGACUAAUUUGAAUCUGGAUGAGAUUGUGCACAUCCGUAGAAAAGAAGUUAUUGUCUACCCAGAUGAUGAACUGAAGCCACCCAUUGGGGAAGGAUUAAAUAGGAGGGCUGAAGUUACUUUGGAUGGUGUUUGGCCCACUGACAAAACCUCACGUUGCUUGAUAAAGAGCCCAGAACGGCUGGCUGAAAUGAACUAUGAAGGCAGGCUGGAGGCUGUCUCUCGGAAACAGGGUGCUCAAUUCAAGGAGUACCGCCCUGAAACUGGGUCGUGGCUGUUCAAGGUGGCUCACUUCUCAAAAUAUGGCUUGCAAGAUUCUGAUGAGGAAGAGGACGAACACACAUCAAAAGUGGAGCCAAAGAAGUUAAAAACUGCUCAAGCACCCCUGCCUGGCCAGUUGGUGUCUCAGCAAAUGGCUCUAAGUGGAAAGCCAGCACCUCCCUCCAAGAGCCCAGAUGUUGAACAACUGGGGAAGGUGGUGGAAUUUGACAGUGAUAUGGCCGACAUCACUCAGGAGCCUGCACAGGAUUUUGUCGUGGAAGAGAGCCUUGCGGAAGAGCAGGAACCGGUGCCGGCUUCUACCCACAUUGCAUCCUCUCUGGAUAUCAACCCUCACACGUUGCAGAUCAUGAAGGCUUCCUUGCUUGUGGAUGAGGAAGACUUGGACAUGAUCCUAGACCACCGUUUUGGCAAGCAAGCUGCACCAAUGGACACUUCCCAAGAGAUCUGUUCUCCAAGACUUCCAAUUUCCUCCUUGAUGAGAGGACGGAAAAGCCGUCCCUCAGUCGGUGGGCUGCUGCGGUCAAGGCUCUCAGGCGGAUCGUUGCUCCUUCCAAACGCUUCCUUCCAAGACAGCCACAGUCCAAGGACCUCCUCGCUAGGUGGUGCUCUUCCUGCACCACCUUGGUCUGUCCUUUCCCCACUGGCUAGUGCGUUCACAAUGCCCAGCUCGGUGCCUGAUGUGCCACUGAAAACAGUGGGUAUCCGCAGGCAGCCUGGGCUGGUGCCCCUGGAAAAGUCCGUCGCUCACGGGAAAGGAAGGCUGCUGAAGGACAUGGCUCUCUUCAUGGGACGUUCCUUCCGUGUUGGCUGGGGACCCAACUGGAUUCUCGUCCACAGCGGAGAGCAGCUGAGCACGUUGACUGAGCCGGAAGAUCGCCAUAACGAGUCCAUGGAAUAUGGAUUCUUGACAGCACCUGCUGCUCCAAAACAGCUCUCUAGGACUCCCUUUAAGGUUCACAUAGAGAAGUUGAGCUUGGAAGAAAAGGCAGCUGACCGGGCUCUAGACUCGUACCUCAUUCCACUAGAGAUAAAGUUGAAGCAGAGCACUGUCCACAUGGAUGAGCCUUGCCCUUUCCUGACCCCCAACCCCGGCGUGGCUGCUAUCCACGAGAAUGCCAGAUGGGCAAUGGAGACAACUGGAGAUCCAGAGGAAAGGGAAGCUGUGGUGAAAGACUGGUGCUUGGUAUGGACCUUGUGUGAGGCGCUUUGGGGCCACUUGAAAGAACUGGAGGCCCGCUUGGAUGAGCCCAGUGAGUACAUCCUUGCUUUGGAGCGCCGGAAAGCCUUCUCUCACUGGCUGUCGCAAACGGCUGCUGAGCGAAUCAAGAAGGAGGUCUCGCUUGCUCAGAAUGACAAUCCUGCAGAGGCGGUCUUCAGCUACCUUACUGGGAAGCAGAUCAGCGAAGCUUGUAGGCUGGCCCAACAGUCUGGGGAUCAUAGGCUGGCUUUGCUCCUCUCACAGCUGGUCGGGAGUCUGGAGGUCCGGGAGCUCCUUGCCAUGCAGCUAGCAGACUGGCAUCAACUCCAGGCAGACUGCUUCAUCCAGGAGGAGAGGCUACGCAUAUUUGCCCUGCUAGCUGGCAAGCCGGUGUGGCAUUUGUCAGAGAGGAGGAGCAUCAACAUCUGUUCCCAUCUGGACUGGAAGCGCUCUCUUGGCGUCCAUCUCUGGUACCUGCUUCCUUCUACAGCGCCCCUUUCCAAGGCCCUCAGCCUAUACGAGGAUGCUUUCAAGGACUACUUGGAGUGCGAUACGUAUGCUUGUCCUCCACUGCCUCCAUAUCUAGAAGGUUCAGGCUGCGUGAUUGAGGAAGGUGAUGCGCAACACCCACUCCGAGACAUGUGCUUUCACCUGUUAAAACUGUACAGUGAUAGGUCAUACGAUCUCCAUCAGCUGCUUGACCCGAAGAGUGUAACAGCUGACCCCCUGGAUUACCGUCUCAGUUGGCACCUGUGGGAGGCGCUGCGGGCCUUACAUUACACCCACCUGUCGGAGCAGUGCCAGGGAGUGCUAAAUGCCAGCUUUGCGGCCCAGCUUGAGAGCGAGGGGUUGUGGGAAUGGGCUGUCUUUGUGCUGCUGCACACCGCUAGCGCACACGUGCGUGAGAAGGCAGUGCGUGAACUGCUAAACCGUCACUGCCAGCUGUUGGAGACGCCGGAGUCCUGGGGCAAGGAGGCCUUCCUCACAGAGAGACUGUGUGUGCCGCCAGAAUGGAUUCACGAAGCAAAGGCUGUGAGGGCCAGGAUGGCAGGAGACAAGCGUAAGGAGGCGCUCUGUUUGUUCAGGGCAGGACACUGGAACCAGUGCCACAGGCUGGUCGUCAGGCACUUGGCUUCAGAUGCCAUUAUUAAUGAAAACUACACCUACCUGAAGGGGUUCUUGGAAGAUCUGUGUGCUCCAGAGCGCAGCGUGCUCAUCCAGGAUUGGGACACUGCAGGGCUAGUUUUCUUAGACUACAUCCGGGUCAUUGAGAUGCUUGACAGGAUUCAGCAGCUGGAUUGUUCUGGGUAUGAACUGGAGGAGUUGCACACCCACGUGACCUCCCUCUGCAACCGGAUAGAACUGCUCCGGUGCCACAAUGCCAAGGAUAGAUUGGCUCAGUCGGAAAUGGCUAAACGCAUUGCAGACAUCUUGCGUGUGGUUCUGAGCCUGCAGCACCCUCCGGACUCCACCCCUGAUGUACAGAGAGUGCCCUUGCGCCUGCUGGCCCCCCACAUUGGACGGCUCCCCAUGCCAGAGGACUACGCCCUGGAGGAGCUCCGUGGACUCACACAGUCCUACCUACGGGAACUAACGGUGGUGGCACAAUGAGGCUAGCCUGCCUCCUAGUCUGGGUGGAGCGGCCCUCUGAACAACUUUGGCCCUGGCAUCCAGGGGUGUGGGCAGCACCCUCUCAUACAAUGUGCAACUCCUCCUGACCCCGGGAUGCUGCAUGGCUACCUGUAGCUGGCUUGCAGCCACAGCAGCGAAGUAUAAAGACUCGGAUCUGGCAGUGGGACCCCCCUCCCUUCGUGCUCUUUAGCGUUAAUAAAGCCUCUGCUGCAGCUGAAGCACCUGUGGUGGUCACCAGACCUGUGGCAGGCAGGAGACAAGGCUGUAGAGCACCUGGCAGAUCUCUCAAGCGGAUGGCAAAGAAAGAAAGAAAAAAGAAACCUGUUUGUGUGGGUGUGUGUAUAGUCAGGCCUCCUUUUAAACUGAGCUGUGGUCAGAGGGUUUGCUUUUGGGAGCAAGAGUGGCUCCAGAAGCGUUGCUGGGUGGACAAGGCCAAGAGUGGGGUUGGAGUGGGAGGCAAACCUAGUGCGUACAUGUCUUACAAGGCUGGGUCAAAUCUAGGUUGUGCCACUUGGCCGCCACAAGGGAGGGCAGCGUUUCCAGAGGGUUUGGGGAUGGCAGCGGUGGAGAUGCUCCCCACAGGCAAACAGGCAAGCCACGUCUGGAAAUGUCACUGUUGGCUGACCUGAGGGGAGAUCCCUGAAGGAAGUCUGCUUCGGCUUCCAGGCAUCCUGUGGAGCUGGCCUUCAUCUUGGGGUGGCUCAAAUGGCAUCGGAUGUUUCAGAUACUUGCAGGUGGGGGCUGGCAGAUCCUGCUCCAGAUUCUGUCUGGUUUUUUAAACUUUUCCCCUUUUCCAGUGGCCUGGAUUUUGGAGAACGUGGUCUUUUUAAGCUGAACUGCUCUUGUUCUUGAAGUUCCCACACAAGGCAGAUGAAGACGCAGCCACCUGCCUUUAGAUGCUCUGAGAGGGGUGGGUGGGGUGGGCUUAGCUCAAAGCAGACCGUUCAAGGCAGUCACAUUGAAUCUGUUUGCCGUGAAGCUCCAUCGUAGUGCAGAAGGGGAAUUCCAGAUGUGACUCUGUUGAGCAGGGAAGGGAUUGGAACUCACCUCCGGAGCCCUGGUUUGUACAGUCUCUGCCUGAAUCUCAUAGGGAAAGGCAAGGUCUGCUGUGGGUGCUGUCGUUGCUGUGGGGCAUUUGUCCCCGGACCUCUGGAGGUGGUGCGUGUCCGUGUGUGUAUUGGGGGGUGCCAGCAAAGUGGUUACGCAUGAAGAUUAUGUAAAGGUUUUUAUUAAAACUGUAAAUGAAUGAUCCAGAUUAUUUUCUUGUUUGUUUUUCUGGAAAUACUUUAUAAGAAAAUAAAAAUGUUUAUAGCAUUU